AGGGGCUACAUCUUUGAUUGCAGAGAGUCUUCUUCUACACAGUCGAUCAGUUACCAAUUAAUUAUCAGAGAAAGCCAUGACGGAUACAACUGUUGCUGAUGCUACGCCUACUACUACCCUUUUCCGUACUUGGUGGACAAACAAGAACUUACAAUACGACUUGGUGAUGAGCUUCAUCCUCAUAGUCCUCAACGUUGCAGCAAUCCUGUAUAUAACACACCACAAGAUUCCUUUUACCGCAAAUAACUUACUUUUCCAGUUUUGCAUUUGUUCGUACGGCUUUUCUGGCCUAGGGAGUUUCAUGGGUUGGUCCUGGGCAAUUUGCGUAGUCGAAGCUUAUGACAUGUACAUCUUUGGACGCACCUGUCACAUCUUUGGCUUCGCUGUUUUCCUCCACCUCCUCUAUUUUAUUUCUCCACGUCUGACCCUAUGGUUCGGUAUACCAUGUUCAUUAUGGUUCCUAGCCGCUUUCAUUGAAUCUCUUCACACAGUUUUUCUACCUCACGUAUUUGAAGAUUUACGAGAUUGCUGGAAGUUUGUGAAUGAAGAACAAGUUAGAGUUGCUACAGUUUAGUUUUAUAUCAUUAAUUAAUAAUUUCUUAGGUUUUUCUUUUUAAUUGUACAAUCUAAUACUAUUAAUUUGAUUUUGGAAAAACACUAAU